UCUAUUUAUUGUUUAUUAUUUAUUAUUUAUUAUGCUUUCUCUUCUCUCUCCAAUCAAUCAUCACUUCUUCUUCACUUUGGCUUACUAAUCUAAUCUAAUCUGCAAUCGAUAGGAUCGGAUCCGAUCGGAAUCCCCAAAAUGAGCUGGUGGUGGGCUGGAGCAAUCGGCGCUGCCAAGAAAAAAUUCGACGAGGAUGCAGCGCCCCCAAAGCACCAAAGCGUAGCCCUAAUCGUCGGCGUGACCGGCAUCGUCGGAAACAGCCUGGCGGAGAUCCUGCCGCUCUCCGACACCCCCGGCGGCCCCUGGAAGGUCUACGGCGUGGCGCGCCGCCCCCGCCCGUCGUGGAACGAGGACAACCCGAUCAAUUACAUCUGCUGCGACAUUUCCGACGCCGACGACGCCAGCGCCAAGCUCGAACCCCUCACAGACAUCACCCACGUCUUCUACACCGCCUGGGCCAACCGAUCCACCGAGGCGGAGAACUGCGAAAUCAAUGGCAGAAUGCUGAGGAACGUCCUCAACGCAGUGAUCCCCAAUUGCCCUGAUUUGAAGCACAUCUGUCUGCAAACCGGUCGUAAGCAUUACCUCGGCCCCUGGGAAGCCAUAGGCAAAGUCGAGACCCCGGAUCCUCCAUUCACAGAGGACAUGCCACGAUUAAACCACAUCAAUUUCUACUACACGCAGGAGGACAUUCUGCUGGAAGAAGUCUCAAAGAAGGAAGGCCUAACAUGGUCUGUCCACCGGCCGAGUCAAAUCUUCGGCUUCUCCCCAUACAGCAUGAUGAACAUGGUGGGAUCCUUAUGCGUCUACGCCGCCAUUUGCAAGCACGAAGGGACAGUGAUGAAGUUCCCGGGAUGCAGGGCAGCAUGGGAGGAGUUUUCAGAUUGCUCGGACGCGGAUUUAGUGGCGGAGCAUCAGAUAUGGACGGCGGUGGAUCCUUAUGCAAAGAAUGAGGCGUUCAAUGUGACGAACGGGGACGCCUUCAAAUGGAAGCUGUUCUGGAAGGUGUUGGCGGAGCAGUUUGGGGUGGCGUACGAGGGGUAUGAGGAGGGGAAGGAGGAGGUGAGGCUGGAGGAGAUGAUGAAGGGGAAGGCGGCGGUGUGGGAGGAGAUAGUGAGGGAGAAUGGUUUGGCGGCGACGAGGUACGAGGAUGUGGCGAACUGGUGGUAUGUGGAUGCAGUGCUGAAGAAUGUUGUGGGGUUGGACACGAUGAACAAGAGCAAGGAGCAUGGCUUUCUGGGGUUUAGGAAUUCGAAGAACUCGUUUGUUUCUUGGAUCGACAAGUUGAAGGCUUACAAGAUUGUGCCAUAGGUACAGAAAUUUGCAAUGUCGGUACAUUCCUCCGGAGGACCUAGAGAUGUCUCAUAAUUUCAGGAUCACAAGUCCAUUCCGACACAGGUCAUUUCCUUUCGGACCUCUUGUGUUUGGUUUUUGAUUUGUGACUUGUGUUUUCUUGUUAAAAUAAUUGAUUGUAAUAUUUUAUAUUUAGUGAUCGCUGCCGUGUUUGUUUCCCCUCAAAAGCACAUAUUGAAUAUCUAGAGAAUACCAAUAUUUAGUGAACAUAGCAUUGGGAUUUUAAAAUAAGAGUUAUUUAUUUUAUCUGUAAGCAUGUCAUAUAAAGUAUACAUUGUAUUCUAUAUAAAUAUAUAUGAUGCUAUGUAGAAAUAUAUUUGAUGCUUUAUGAAAGAUGUUAUGUUUGUUGCUCUAUACAAUAUAUGUAAUGUUCGAUA